AGCAAAAAGGAGCGAUAAGGCGAGGAACACCCCCUCAGUACCACCACUGCCUUAAGCAGAGUUUGUCCUCGGCUCACUCCACCUCUCCCUGGGUGAGGUCCUCCCCUGUCCCUUCGACUGCCCUCUCUGGCCUCGGCCUCGUCUGCCCACUGCAGCUGCAUCUUAACCACCUCCACUCAGGAUGAGCUCCGGACCCCCCGGCCUGCUGCUGCUCCUCACCGGCCUCUUACACAUCUUGCAAUGUGCCAGAGGACAGUCUUCGUACAUUAUAGACACCGUUGGCCUUUCAAUCCUACCCAGCAGCUCGGUUCAGAGCGGGAUGGCGGUGAAGAUACGCUGCCAGGCCAGUGUCAGUCACAACAACAUCCCUCACCUGACGCACAAAUUCCAGAUUACAAAGGACGACGUUCAGAUCCACUCCUACAACACCACAGAAGAUUCAGUCGUAUACGAGCUCAACCAAGCCAGAGCUGCUGACUCUGGAACCUACGAAUGUCGAGUCACAGUCAAGGAUAAGAGCAAAGCCAGCAACAGCCAGAGACUUGACGUCACAGGCCUGCAGACUCCGAGUCUGUACCUGAAUAAUUAUUCACCCUAUGAGAAUGAGGAGUUCAUAGCCACCUGCAGAGCUGCGGAGGAGAAAGGACCUCUCAUAUUCCGGUUUUACCAGAGGUUUAGGAAUGGAGAGCCUCAGAGGAUAAAGCAGCUGGCAACCACCGGGAACACAUCAGAGACCACACUGAGACUGAGGCACAUCGGAGACUGUUUUCUGUCCUGUGACUACGAGAUCAAUUUGGUUUCCGGGACCAGACGCUCCAACAGCAGCGAAGAGGUUCACAUCAUCAUUAAAGUUCUCAACAUUACCCCCAUAAUGAAUGUGAAGCCCUCCAAUGACGUCUUCGAGGGUGACAUACUGGAGGUGUACUGCCGAGUGGUGACCAGUCCACUGCGCAACAUUGAGGUAUUCCUGACGAAAAACAGGAUGAUCCUCAAGCAGGCUUCAGCCGCGGCGCUCAGUCAUCGAUUCACUGCUCAGGAAGGAGAUUCUGGGGAGCUUGUGUGCAAAGCGGAGUGGGGCAACGUGCAGAAAGAGACCUAUCAGACAAUCACAGUCAGAGAGCUGCUUUCAAAGCCACGGCUGACUGUGGAGCCCGCGGACAUAUUUGAAGGCGACCGCUUCGAACUCACCUGCUCCGUCUCCAUUUACGUUCCUGACAAGAUCAACAAUGCAACCAUGCGAUUCUCCAUCUAUAAAGAUAACGCCAGACUCACCGGUGCAGAGACAUACAGCACCGUGGCACACCGGGAUAAAAAUGGCAACUACACCUGUAAAGUCCAUGCUGCCUCUCAGAUGCACAAUUUUGUUAAAGAAAGCCCAAAACUUGUUAUUAAAGCCAAAGUUCCCGUUUCGAAGCCCGUGAUGUCUGUGGUGGGUGGUACGCUGUUCUUGGGAAAGCGCUUCCAGCUGCUCUGUCACAGCCACAGUGGCACUCUGCCCAUCACAUACACCCUGCACGGCCCUAACAGUCCGCCCAAGGAAAAGGAGGUGACGAAGCCGGGGGAGAAGGCCAUCUUCAACGUCACAGCCAUCUCCAAGAGCUCCAACUUGAACAACUUCCUUUGCCACGCUAGAAACGGCAAAGGCAGGCCUCCGAAGGAAGUGUCGGGGGUGCAGCUGCUGCGUUCGACCAUCAUCAUAGAGCCUGUGUCAGAACCAGUGCUGGACAUCCUUCCCAGCAUUGGGGGCGUCACAGAGGGACACAACAUGACUCUGGUCUGCUCCGUUAAGAGCGGCAGUCCUCCCAUCAACUUCACCUGGUACCACAUUGAGACAGCCAGAGUUCUAGCUACACGAAUGUCCAGUACACGUCAGGAAUGCCACAGCAUAGGCAGUGUGACGGGAAAAGACGGAGGAACGUACUACUGCGUGAGCACAAACGUCGCCAACGAAACCAAACGGAGUCGCCCUGUCACAGUUGGAGUGAAGUUGGCCGGAUGGAAGAAAGGUCUGAUCGCAGCCUUCUGCGUCCUCGUCCUACUGGCCUUGAUCCUUGUUAUUGCCUUCAAGACACGGCUCCUUCACUUCAGGAGGAAAAGUAGCGCCAAGCUGUUGGUGAAGUCGGCCAGCACCAAAGCAGAGCGACUGAGCCUCACCCAGGCCGAGGUCAACGACGCCGCAAACGUAACUCCUGGUAUGAUGGGGAAAAGUAUCUGGAGUGAACAUACAUCAGGCUCUGAGUCUGAUGACCAGAUUAGCGCGAUCAUUCCAGAGAAGCAAGAACCAGAGUACACUGAGGUGCAGACCAGACAGGCGGAUCCUAACAGAGUUCCGGUGAAACAGGGCACAGACACGGUGUACAGCGAAGUACGCAACUCCCAGCAAGGUGUUCCGGAGCCGGCCGAUGGUGUGUCGGUGGAAUAUGCACAGCUGAAUCACGAAACCGAUCACCACAGUGACCACAGUAACCAUGGUGACCCCAGUGUCAACGAAGACCACACAGAGGAGAUGGACAACAGCGUCAGCGUGGACGUCGCUGACAACGGGGAGUGAAAACAAGAGCAGAUGCCAGACUGUUAACUAACCAGCAAGAAUAUUUGUUCCUUUAUUUAUCUGGCUUUUUAAUGCAACCCGAGUCUUUGUGCUGAAAGAUCCUACAAGCCCCACAGAAGAAGUUGUGUACUUUUGAUUAAGAUUUUGUACCGCUUUGGAAGAAACACUCCACACUGUAAAUUCACUUGCUUUGUCUUUAAAGAGCAAAUAAAAGGAUUUUGUUAAGUGA